CGCCCCUGGAACUAGGUCACACAGCGCCUGCGCGGGAUAGACAGAUAUUGUUGUGGGCUUGCGCAGUAGGGGGUGUUCGGUUUAGUCACAUGAUCCUGCAGAAAACAAACAUGGCUGCCCCCAUCCAGGACAGGGGGCAAGUUGCUGAUACUAAGGAAUCCAAAGUUCUGUAUUCGCAGAAUGCAACCUUAAAUAUGUCCAUUAAUACAGAAAUAUGCAGAGAUAACAGCAACAAGGAUUCAGGUCCUGAAGUCCCGGUAACCCUUCCCAAGGGCUGGAAAAAAGUCAUAACCCAAAGACAGACCGGAAAAACAGCUGGAAAAUAUGAUGUAUUAUUUGUGAGCCCCCAAGGAACCAAACUGAGAUCAAAAUGUGCUCUUAUAAAAUAUAUUGAUGCCAAUCAUGUCAAAACGAAAGUAGAAGACUUUGAUUUCUCUGUUCCAUCUCAGAAGAAAGUAACUAAGCAAGAAGGUGAAAACGGUGAUGAUCCCUCAAGCAUUGACCCUUCACCAAGUGAAUGUGGGACUGAGACUUUAUGUAAUACAAGGACAAUGCAUGAUGCAGAAGAUGACAUAUUUUCUGUGGGUGACAAGGAAAAAAAUGGUAAUAUGAAAAAAGAUGGUGGCCGGAAAAGGGUAAGAAGUCUGAGAAGACAGUCGGAAAGGGGGUUAAAGGGAUCAGUAUCUAAGCCGCUAAUUCAGAUUAAAAAAAGGAAAUGCAAUAAAAGGAUAAAUCUAAGGAAAAGAAAUGGGGAAAAUGGAGCACAUUUGAUGAAUAAUACCCAAUUACAGUUGCCCAGUAACUCUAAAAGAAGAGACGAUUCUGUAUACCAAAGUGAGCCUGAAGUGACUUGUUCUGAGGAAACACAAGACCAGUCAGUCUCCUGUGCUUUACAGCAGUCUACUGACUCUGAGCAGGAGAAAACUGCACCUCAUUUUAACCAAGAUAAGAGUGACCAAGAACUCAUCCCAAGAUCUCAGGUGGACAGGAGAAAGACUAGCCCUUAUUUUUCCAAAAAAGCUUUAAGCGAAGCUUUGGACCCACCUCGAAGGAAAGCUUUCUCCAAGUGGACUCCUCCCCGCUCCCCCUUUAAUUUAGUCCAGGAAACGCUCUUUCAUGAUCCAUGGAAGCUUCUCAUCGCCACCAUCUUUCUGAACAAGACGUCUGGAAAAAUGGCUAUACCGGUCCUGUGGAGUUUCCUAGAAAAAUUCCCAACCCCAGAGGUGGCCAGAGCUGGAGACUGGAAGGAGAUAUCUGAAAUUCUGCAGCCACUUGGACUCUUUGAGCUCAGAGCAAAGACCAUUGUCAGAUUUUCAGGUGAAUAUCUCAGUAAGAAGUGGCGUUAUCCUAUUGAGCUUUAUGGAAUUGGAAAAUAUGGCAACGACUCCUAUCGUAUCUUCUGUGUGAACGAGUGGAAAGAGUACACUGCAAUACAGAGACUGCACUUAGGCCACAUAAAUUUGGUAUUGGAUUCCAUUUCAAGGGAAAGUAAAGCUGCUGGCAAUGUGAUGUGCAUCCAAAGGAUCAUAAGCUGAAUAAGUACCACGCCUGGCUCUGGGAGAACAAGGAAGCAUUUGGACUAAGCUGAUGAUUUUAUAUUUUAUUCUUUUUGCCAUCGAUCAUACACUUAUGUACAAAUGUAAAAUUAUAUAAGUAAACGUGUUGUCUGUUAUUUCUUUAUGGAG